AUGGAGGUCGCUCGUACCUCCAUGCUCCAUGCGGCUGCCCCCCAUUUUCUGUGGCCGUUUGCGGUCCGGUACGCUGCGCAGCAGCUCAACCUCUGGCCCCGUGUCUCCGUGCCGGAGACUUCGCCCACACUGCGUUGGACAGGGAAGGUUGGCGAUGCGUCGCGUUUCCGGGUCUGGGGUGCUCGUGCCUUUGUCCGCGAUACCACUACGGACAAGCUCUCGCCUCGCGCCAUUCCCUGCGUCUUCCUCGGCUUUGUCCCUGACACGCCUGGCUCGCAGUUUUACGGCCCCGCCUCAUGCCGUCCUCCUCAGGUAGACCCCCUCCCCACUCCAUGUCCUGCUCCUUCAGGUGUGUCUCAGGUAGACCUUCCUCCCUUGACUGAGCCGGUUGAGGUCACGGGUGAGUCAGGUCCUGCUGGGGGUGGUCCUGCUCGGGGUUCUGCUUCCGGGGGUGCUGAGCCUGGGGGUGUGGAGCCUGGGGGUGCUGAGCCUGGGGGUGCGAAGCCUGGGGGUGCUGAGCCUGGGGGUGUGGAGCCUGGAGGUGCUGAGCCUGAGCGUGAGGAGCUUGGGGGUGCUGAGCCUGAGGGUGCGGAGCCUGGGGGUGCUGCGCCUGGGGGUAGUGAGUCUGGGGGUACUGCGCCUGGGGGCUAUGAGACGCCUGGUGUGCAGUCUCCUUGGAGCGGCCGCCUCCGUAGUCGCUCCUCUGGUGCCUCGCCGCAGCUCUCUCGUCGGCGUCUCCCUCUCUCCCCACAGCAGCUGCGUGAGUGGUACGUUAGCCGUCAGGGUCGCACUGCUGGAGCUGGGGGCCCUGCUGCGGUCGACGUUGGCGUUGGAGGCACUGGAGCUGGUGACUUAACUACUGGAGGCGCUUCUACUGGAGUUACUGGAGCCGGUGGUCUCGGAGGUGCUCGUACUGGAGGUACUGGAGCUUCUGGGGCUGGUGGUUCUGCUGAGUCUGGGGGUUCUGCUGCUGGUGGCGCUGGUACUGGAGGUUCUGGCGCUGGAGGUUCUGGAGCUACUGGAGGUCCUGGAGCUGUUGGAGGUACUGGCGCUGGAGGCACUGGAGCUGGAGGAUCUGGAGCUGCUGGAGGUGCUGGUACUGGAAGUGCUUGCGCUGGAGGUUCUGGAGCUACUAGAGGUCCUCGAGCUAUUGGAGGUACUGGCGCUGGAGGUGCUGGAGCUGGAGGUUCUGGAGCUGCUAGAGGUGCUGGUACUGGAGGUGCUGGCGCUGGAGGUUCUGGAGCUACUGGAGGUCCUGGAGCUGUUGGAGGUACUGGCGCUGGAGGCGCUGGAGCUGGAGGUUCUGGAGCUACUGGAGGUGUUGGUACUGGAGGUGCUAGCGCCGGAGGUGCUGGUGCUGGAGAUACUGGAGCUGCUGGUGCUGGUGGCGCUGCCCAACCACGACUGUUCUUCGCUCCGUCGUCGCCCUCGUCUAUGCCACCGCCUGACUCCGUGCUUCGCCAGGUUCUUAGCCUCCCGUCUUCUACUGGUCUUCCGUUACAGCCUGGCUCACCGCUACCUGCUCCUUCUCCUUAUACUGAGCAGACCGGAGCCUGA